CCACCGAGAGGUGCCACUGCACAGAAAAAGGCGGCUGAAGUAGUCUUUCUCAAGUCCAUUAGCGGUGCAGCUCGUUCAGGCGAGGCGGAGAAAAAAGGAGGGGGGCAUAAAAGGGAGACAAUGCGGUUUUAGGAUGCCUUUAUUCGUAUGUGCUAUUCAAACCAAUUUCAGCGAAAAAAAAUUACGACCAUAAUACACGGUAAAGGAACGUGUCGUGAUUUGUCUAUUUUUAUACGUUCGCGCUGAAUACAUCUAGCUUACAGUGUUACUGAGAACAAAACCAGAGAUGAAAUUUCCAAUAGAAAACCCCACAAAACAAAUUAACUGGAACCCAGAACAAGUGGCAGUCCAAACCAACUUGACACCCCCCAAAAAGGUGCAGCCUGGCACGGUGAAGUCAAGUCUGGUCCAGGCAAGUGUGGCCACCAUGCAAAAUCCCAUGGGCUAUGACCCAAAGACCAAUGGCCAUUGUCCACUUCCACGCCUCUCCAUCUCCUCCCGUUCCGCCAGCAUGGUGGCUAGUCUAGAUGCCAGCAGUGACGGCCCGAGUGCGGCGCUCCACUCAGUGAUGAAAUGGAAGACGGUCCUGGCUGUAUUCAUCGUGGUUGUUCUCUACCUGGUUGGUGGAGCACUGGCAUUCCAGGCUUUGGAACAGCCAUUUGAGAAAAGCCAGAAGACCAUCAUUGCCUUCGAGAAGACUGCUUUUCUGGAAAGCCACCAGUGUGUCACUUCCAAUGAGCUGGAUGACAUCAUCAAGCAUGCCAUAGAUGCUGCGAGCGCAGGAGUGAGGCCUAUUGGAAACAUUUCGGAUGAUUACAGUUACUGGGACAUGGACAGUGCCUUUUUCUUUGCUGGAACGGUCAUCACAACCAUCGGUUAUGGAGACAUAGCUCCAAGCACAAAAGGUGGGAAAAUCUUUUGCAUCCUAUAUGCCAUAUUUGGCAUCCCUCUCUUUGGCUUCCUAUUGGCGGGGAUUGGAGAUCAGCUGGGGACCAUCUUUGUGAAAAGCAUUUUGCGAGUUGAAAAGAUAUUCAAGCAAAAACACAAACAGAUCAGCCAGACAAAAACAAGAGUGACGUCUGCCAUUCUUUUCAUCCUGGCUGGCUGCAUUGUCUUCGUCACAAUCCCUGCUGUCAUCUUCAAAUACAUCGAGGGCUGGACCACCCUGGAUGCCAUCUACUUUGUUGUGAUUACUCUCACUACAGUGGGAAUAGGAGACUAUGUGGCAGGUGGAAAUCGGGCAAUUUUGUAUAUGAGGUGGUACAAACCUCUGGUGUGGUUCUGGAUUCUUGUUGGUUUAGCAUACUUUGCAGCUGUCCUUAGCAUGAUUGGAGACCUGCUUCGAGUGCUUUCUAAAAAGACCAAAGAAGAGGUUGGAGAGUUUAAAGCUCAGGCAGCUGAGUGGAAGGCAAACGUACGAGCAGAGUUCCGUGAAACACGCCGACGUCUGAGUGUUGAGAUUCAUGACAAGCUGCAGCGGGCCGCUACUAUCCGCAGCAUGGAGCGCCGUCAGCUCGGCCUGGAGCAGCGAGCUCACUCGCUCGACAUGCUGUCACCGGAAAAACGAGCCAUGUUUGCUAGUCUGGAUGCUGGACGUUUCAAGACUUCUUCCCAGGAGAGCAUCGACACCAAACUGAAUAACCUGAGACUGAAGGGGGCCUGUGAACCAUAUGACCAUCAGGGGGGUGAGCAAACGCAACAGACAGCAUCUUCCUCAGAAGAGAAUCUCUUUAAUCUACGUUUUGGAUCUCUCACCAAGCUGGCCAGGCGCAACAAGAACCGUGAGCUGCGCAGGAACAUUCGUGAAGAUUCUCGACGGUCAAGCAUGGGCAUAAACAACGGCAACGCCAUGCUGGGGGAAGAGAGGACGGAGGAAGAGGAUGGGGAGCUAGAUGAGGAAAACAGAGAAAAGAAGGAGGAAAAUAUCAGUCUGACAAACCUGUCUCAGUAUGCAGUGGAGCGCUCUAAGUUGAAUGGGCUCAUACCAGCACAGGCCAAAGACAGAGACAACGAUUAGGGAUCAAUUGCAUGAACACUUAAACCGCAGACAGGGAGUGUAGAGACAGACAGAAUGAUACUCAGACUGAGUCACAAGGAGAAGUGCACAGUCCUUUUAGAUGUCAAGAAAUGUGCCUUUCUGUUUCCUAUGCUUAGACUGGAACUGGUACCAGGAAAUUCAGUCAUCGUGCCAUAGCCAUGGGAAGAAAAUAUGUUGCCAAAAAUAAAUAAAACUGAUCAUACACAAGAGCCUCUUCUAAUACCUCAUUAUGUUUGUUGCUGUAAACUGAGCUACCUGUGAUGUAUAUCGGAGCUGUCUCACCCAGCUCUGUUGUCUUUCAGCCCCCGAGGCUCUUAUGAGGUACUUGGGCCAAGACCAUCUGUUCAUGCUGAAUCUUAUUUUUUUCACAUUGUGGGCACAACAGCGAGCGAGCUGGAUUCAUGUCAUUCAUCUUCAAAGACAUUAUCGAUCAUUUUGUCAUCUCAUACCGUGGUGGCUUUUUCUUUUUUUUUUUUUUAGCUCAGCCGCCUGCUGCAAAAGGACUUCAAAGUGUAAUGACUGAAGGUUGGGAGGUUAUGGAUCAAUAAACAAUGCUAGUAGUUAUCUAGUGGACAUGUACAAUUAUUCCUACAUUGUAUGUGGCUUUGAAUAUGUAGCCUAAAGGUAAACACUGCAACAUACUAUGAGCUUUUGAAAAAAAAAAAGAAAAAAAAAAGAAAACUAUACACAGUGCAUGGUUAUUAAAACAGCCAAACCAGUCAGCUGACAUAAACUAACCUGAAAAGUCACAGUUGUUUCUUUUACAUAAUGAAAUUAAUUGUUUAGUUUUCAUUUUCAGUUUUUGCUUCAUCCACAGUAAGACACUGGCAUCCAUAAAAUUACCGGCUUAAAAAGAUUGUCAGCACUGUUUUACACAGAUGAGUUCAAAGCAUUUAUUUCAUCAUUCACAUCAUAAACGAGUCCGUUUUGAUUGAUGAAUGUGAUGCUGUUGAUUUUGUAUUCACCGAGCAUGUUUGCAUCUACGUUUACUCUUUUUUCUAUCAGUCAAGCACCUAAGUUGUAUGUAUUUUCCAUUAAACUGUAAAAUAUGAA